AUGCUCAAAUACCCGCAGCUUGCCCUCGACGUAAUGGAAGCAAGCUUGGAUGCUCUGUCUGAGACCCAGAAAGAUCUCGUCGAGGCACAGGAGAAGAUCUCUGAUCUUCGAGCUCAGGGAUUCAGAGCUGAUGAUUUUUGGGUCGAAGAUGAGCGUGAUAGAGAGCGUGCUAGGAAGAGAGAAAGAGAGCGUGAUCGGGAGAGAAGAGAAGCAGAGGCGGGGAGCAAGAAACGGAGUCGCUCCUCUUCUCAUAUUGCUCAACAGUACCGGGAAUUAGAAGGGGAGAUCUAG